ACAUACGAUGCCUUUCGGUCAGGUUGUUAUUGGACCUCCUGGAUCAGGUAAAACUACGUAUUGCAAUGGCAUGCAUCAAUUUUUAAACGCUACUGGGAGAAAAGUUUCAGUUGUUAACUUAGAUCCAGCCAAUGACUUUUUACCAUAUCCAUGUGCAAUAAAUAUAUCAGAUUUAAUAACAUUACAAGAUGUAAUGGAAGAAUUGAAAUUAGGGCCGAAUGGUGGUAUGAUGUAUUGUAUGGAAUUUCUUGAAAAGAAUUUUGAUUGGUUCGAAGAAAAGUUGAAAUCUUUAGGAGUUGAACUUUUUACUCAUCAUAAUUCUGUCAAGAAUAUCAUAGAGCGAUUACAAAAAUUAAAUUAUCGGCUUGUGACAAUUCAUUUAGUUGAUGCUCAUUAUUGUACAGAUCCAACAAAAUAUAUUUCAAUUUUAUUAAUUUCACUCAAAACAAUGUUACAAAUUGAAUUACCGCAUAUUAAUGUUUUAUCAAAAGUAGAUUUAAUGGAAUCAUAUGGUAAACUAGCUUUCAAUUUGGAUUUCUAUACUGAGGUGCAAGAUUUAUCAUAUUUAUUACAACAUUUGGAUGAAGAUCCUUUUGCUAGUAAAUUUAAAGAAUUAAAUAAAGCGUUGUGUGGAUUAAUUGAGGAUUUUAAUUUGGUAGGAUUUAAUACUCUUUGUAUUGAGGAUAAGAAUUCUGUAUUGAAACUUGUUCAAGUUAUAGAUAAAGCAAAUGGAUAUGUAUUUGGUGGAUUAACUGAAGGCAAUGAGAGUAUUAUGUUGGCAGCAAUGGGAGCAAAUACAACAACUCUUAGUGAUAUAUUAGAAGUACAAGAGAGAUGGUUAAAUAGUAGAGAAGAUUAUGAUGAAUGGGAACUUAAGCAGCAGCAAAUGGAACAAGCUCAAAAAAAUGUAAAAGCAAAAUAAUGAUAUUUUUAUUUAUUUUAAAAUAAUGAAUUCCUCUAACUAUGAUAAUAACUAGUAUAACAUAUAAGAAGUAAACCUAAUAUCGUACAAUGUGGUCCGCAAACAUUAGAAUAGAACACCAUAUAAACUACGAACAAUUUAUAAAUAAAGCUGAUAUAUAAGUGAUAAUUGUCAUAAUUGUCAUAAUCUCAAAUAUAUUCAAAUGUGCAAUCUGAAAUAGACUUAUUAGGACACUGCUUGAAAUUGAAUAGAAAGUUAAGACAAGCCGAAAAGAGAUUUUUUGGCAUGUGCCCAGUACAAAAUUGACUUUGCAAUUGCUUACUCAGAAAUAAGCUUUUAUAUUGAGAAAUAUGAAAAAUAUACUUUUAUAUUUUUAUGCCAAGAAUUUUAGUAGCAAUGUAUUAUUAAUAUUCAAAUAAUAAAGAAACUAUAAUAAAUUAAAAUAUCAUAUAUUGUAAUAA